AUGGCCGGCUCGGAAACCACCUCCAAACUCUUGGUCUCCGCUCAGGAUGCCAACGACUACGUCAAAGCGGUGCUGCAAGCCAAUGGUGUAUCUGAGCAAGAUGCAACAACUGUAGCUCACUGCCUCGUCGCUGCCGACCUCCGUGGCAUAGACACCCAUGGCGUGAAUCGUAUACCAUCCUACCUCGCCCGUGUCCGCCAAGGAGUCCUGGAUCCCACCGCUCAACCCACCAUCACAGAAAAGACCCCUGUUGUCGCUCAAGUGGACGGCAAAAAUGCCUUUGGCUUCGUUGCAGCGAGAUUGGGUAUGGAGAAAGCAAUCGACAUGGCCCAGAUCUACGGCAUCGGAAUGGUCAGCGUGAAGCACAGCAACCACUUCGGCAUGAGUGCUUGGCUGGUGCAGCAAGCUCUGGAUGCCGGGAUGAUGAGUCUUGUAUUCACAAACUCCUCACCCGCGUUGCCGGUCUGGGGUGGCAAGGAGAAGUUGAUGGGGGUCUCACCGAUUGCUUGCGGAGCUCCUGGCUCCGAGCAUGAUUUCAUCCUCGAUAUGGCGCCUUCAGUUGCAGCGAGGGGCAAGAUCUACAAAGCUAAACGGAGAGGCGAGAAGAUCCCGGUGGAUUGGGCUUUGGACAAGGACGGAAACCGGACCGAUGAUCCCAGUGCUGCCCUCGAAGGUGUCAUGUUGCCGAUGGGCGGGCCUAAGGGUUCGGCGUUGUCCAUCAUGAUGGAUGUGUUCUCUGGCGUUUUGUCUGGAUCCGCGUUUGCUGGACAUGUUACUAAUCCCUACGAUCCGUCUAAACCGGCGGAUGUGGGUCAUUUUCUCAUUGCCCUGAAGCCCGAUCUUUUUCUCAGCUCGGACGAGUUCAAGCAGAGAAUGGAGUAUCUUUAUAACAGAGUCGUCAAUUGUGAGAAGAUGGCAGGGGUAGACAAAAUCUACUUCCCAGGAGAGAUUGAACAGUUGACAGAAGCGGAAAGACGGGAGUCUGGUAUACCGUAUGUGGCAGCUGAGAUUGAAGCCUUGAACGCCGAGGCAAGGCGAGUCGGUGUAUCGGAGAUAGUCGUGUCAUAG